ACGACACCUCCAUCUCCACUCCAUCGUCGUCGUCUCGAAAGCCGAAACCUUGAUUCGCUAUAUAUCGACGUGUUGUUUGCGUUAACAAUUACCACAUUUUCGAUUUUUAUUUUCGUUGAGUUACACUCAUCCAAACUAAUCUCAAGAAUAUGAUUAUGCUACACAGCGGAUAGGCUUCAGUAUGUUUUUUACACCAUAAAAGAAUAGAAAGAAAAACGCGCAAGACGAAGACGCAGAAAAAGCAAGAAACACACAACAGACAAACGAAAUGUUAACUCGUUACAUCAUCGUGAUCUCGAUAGUACUGGCAUCGGUGGCUGGUCAACAGUAUUCCAAUUCCUAUUCCAAUUACUACGAGGACACCCACAAUUCGUUCAAUUCGAAGGGAGUCUGCACCAUCAACGGUGAAGUAUUUUAUGGCAUCGAUUGCUGGUGCUACAGCAACAAAGUCGGUACGGUUUUCUUUACCAUUUUGAUUGUCCUGCUGGUGGUGUUCUUCUUCAUCAACGGAUGCAUUUGGGCGUGCAUCAUUCAAUGCUACAAGUCGUUCCGUGAUCGAGGGAAUGGGGAUGAUGAUUUUAGAGAUAUUGGCAGCAUACGAUCGUCGAUAAGGACGAGGUCGUCGAUGAGAAAGAGUGAUAUUGAGACGCCGAUUAAUUAAAGUGGAUGAUUUGGGGAAGGUGUGGUGUCGCAGUUUCAUUGAGUGUUCAAAUUUUUAGUUUUUUUUUUACUCUCUUUUGUUAGAAAUUAAAUUUUGAUUUUUGUGCUAUUGUGUUCGGUAUUAUAUAAUAUUAUGAAGAGAACUUGUUUUGUUGAAGUGGUUUGAUGAAAUCGACGAAUGAAAUCAUCGUUUCAAUUAAAUUUUUUUGUUUAUUUGUUUAAACGAGCUAACGCACCGAAAAAAUUUCAGAUUUGAUUUUAGCAAUUUGUAAAACUAAAGUUUAGUGGGAGUAUGCUACCUAUCAAUUUACAUCGACGUGUCGAUUCCAGACGAAGAAUCUCCGAAUUUUUUUUUCAAAUAAAUUUUUUUU